AUGUCCUCGGUCGACGUGUCCACCGUCGACAUCGACGUCGACGUCGACGACGUCACCCCCGACGAGCCCUCCACCGCCGGCACCCCCAAGGAGCGCCACUCGCUCACCCUCGACCAGCGCCGCGCCCUCCGCCGCUGGGCCCAUUCCCAGACCACCCGCCCGAGCCACAAGGCCUGCAUCGACUGGUUCUACGGCCAGUACGGCCAGAACAUCUCCCAGUCUACCAUCUCCCACUCCCUCUCCCCCAAGUACGCCCGCCUCGACAACGACAACCAGUUCAGCGGCUCGCGCCUGCGCUUCGGCAACUGGCCCGACGUCGAGAAGCUCGUCCUGCUCUGGCACCAGCAGGUCGUCGCCUCCGGCCGCAACCCCUCCAACGAGGAGCUCGCCGAGAAGGCAAAGUCCAUCUUCACCCAGCUCCCCCGCUACAAGGGCGAGGCCCCUCCCGAGUUCUCCCCCGGCUGGAUUCACCGCUUCAAGAAGCGCUAUGGCCUGCUCAUCCGCCGCCAGCGCCGCCACGGCAACGCCCCCAACCCGGCCGACGACAUCCCCUACCUCGUCGACGCCGUCCCCCGCUUCAUGACCAUCAGCCACGACACCAGCCCCGCUGCCAUCCGAGACGCCGUCGUCCGCGUUGUCGGCGUCGAGGCCACCCUGGGCACCUGCGCCAGAGUGCGCGAUGAGAUCAUCCGCCGCAUCGAGAACCCCGGCGCCGCCCCUCAUCCGGCCGUCACUCCGAACCCCGGCGAGGUAGAUGCCUACGCCGACGAGGACCCGGAGGUGGUUCUCCAGAACGCGCUGCGCGCCCUGCAGCAGGAAGAAGCAGAUGCCGAGGCCGAGGCCGCGGCUGUGCGCGACCAGCGUGAGCGCCAGGAGCAGGGCCUGCCGCCCAUCGCCGCGGCAGGCCUGGCUACGCCCCAACCCCCUCCGGCCCAGCCCGCACGAUCGAGCGCGAGGUUCACCCCUGCCGCUCCCGAAGAGUUGACUUUGACCCCAAUCUCCAGUGGGGGCCCCAUCUCACAGUCUGACCGGCCGUUGCGAUGUCCCUUCUGUGUCAAUCAGCGCAUGCUGAGAACCAUCAAGGAGGCGGUCGAGCAUAUGAGUACCCACGUUGUCGUCUAG